GCUCAUGGGGGGAGUCACCGAGCCUGAACAACCCCCCCCCCGUGUCUCCCCAGGCUGAGGAGUGUGAAGAUGGAGCAGCGGAAGCUCAACGACCAGGCCAACACUCUGGUGGACCUGGCCAAGACCCAGAACAUCAUGUACGACAUGGUCUCGGAGCUGCAGGAGCGCCACGAGGACCUGGAGAAGCGACUGGGAGCCCUGGAGAGCAAACUGGAGGCACUGGGGCUGAGCCUGCUGGCCCUGCCCGGGCUGGUGAGCCAGGCCCUGGGCCAGCAGCAGAGGGAGCUCCUGGGAGCUUGGCCCCCCCGGCUCUGCUCGGCCACGGCCCCCUGCACCCCCACCCGCGCCCCCCGCGCCCCUGCCGGUGCCCCCCCCCGCCUCUGACAGCGGGUGAGGGGGUGGGGGGUGCUGGGGGGGCACCCCCGGGUGCCCUUUUACAACCUCCUCCACCCCCUUGGACAGCGGGUGAUGGGGAGGGGGCUGUGGGGGGCACCCCCGGCUCCUCCUCUGUCACCCCCUCCCUCUUCGGACAGCGGGUGAUGGGGGGGGGGCACCCCCAGGUCCCCUUGCAUCCCCACCCCCACCAUGGACAGCGGGUGAUGGGGUGGGGGGGUUAUGGGGGCACCCGCAGGUCCCCCUUUGUCACCCCCCCGCCUCCUCAGACAGUGGUUGGU